AUGAUUAAGAUAGUUUCAACUUUAAGACUGGCAAGUCUAGAUGUUUGGCUUUUGUGGUUUUCAAUUUCCCUUAGAAUGUUUGGUUUUGGCUUAACUAACCAAGUGUUAGUACUUUUCCUUCAAUCGAUUGAAAUAUCUGAACUGAAAAUUGGUUGGUUUAUGACAUUGACCUUGGUGGGAGAUGUUCUAAUUUCCUACUUUUUAUCGUGGAAUGCUGAUUUAAUAGGAAGAAGAAGAGUUUUGAUAGCCGGAACUUUAAUGAUGAUUGCUUCAGGUGGUAUCUUUGCCUAUCUGUCUAAUUAUCUACUUUUAUUGGUUUCAGCAAUUGUAGGUGUUAUUUCACCCAGUGGUGAUGAAACAGGUCCUUUCAAAACCAUUGAAGAAGCUUCAAUUGCUCAUCUCACUCCUCAUGAACAUAGACCUGAAGUAUUUGCAUUCCAUGGAUUAUAUGGAACUUUCGGUAAUGCCUUGGGUUCGUUGUUUUGUGGUAUUAUCAUUGAUUAUUUGAAUUUGACCUUACAAUGGGACUUAUUGAGCUGUUACAGAGUUAUUUUCAUCAUGUACACAUUUAUCGGUAUAAUCAAGUUCUUCAUUAUGAUCUCACUUAGUAAGAACUGUGAAGUAGAUGAUUUGGAUUUAAGUGAUGAUGAUGAUUUCGUUGAAGAUAAUGAUGAAACCACUCCUUUGACAGGAAACCAACGUAAUGUGGAAGCUAUUGAUGCUGGUUCCACAUGGAAUGUGGCCUCAAGAUUAUUGGUGGUAUUUUUCCUUGAUUCCUUGGGUUAUGGAUUCAUGCCGGCUUCUUGGGUAGUUUACUAUUUCAAAGUUGUGUUCGAGAUUUCUGCUAGUUUAUUAGGAACUUUGUUCUUCAUCACCAGUAUUGUCAAUGUUGGAACCACCCUUCCGUCAGCUGUGUUGGCUAAAUUAUUGGGUCCUGUUAAAGCUAUCAUUGCAGUUCAAGCUCCUUCGGUGAUAUUUUUCAUGUUGAUUCCUUUUAUGAAGAGGUUCUUCCCAAGUGCUGUAUUAUUGGUUCUUUAUUAUGCUACUACCACCAUGGAUGUUGUCCCUAGACAAAUCUUAUUGACCUCGGUUGUUAAAAAGGAAGAUUUGACAAAAGUUAUGGGAACCGUCAAUACUGUUAAAACCUUUGCUCGAUGUGUAGGACCAGUGUUUGUUGGUAAAUUGGCAGAGAUUGACAAAUUAUCCUUUGGUUUCUUUAUUAGUGGUAUUUUCACAUUGUUGGCCGAUGUAGUUUUGGGUAUAAGUUUUGUUAACUUAGACAGCAAGAUCUUACAGAAGCAGAGACUGUCCACAUGA